AUGAAGGAAACCAAAGCGGUUUACACGGCUUCGGCGGACGACGUCGACGAACUGCUAGAAGUAUGGGAGGCACUGAAAGACGAUCUCGACGAUGGGAAAACUGUUUUUGCUCCCCAAGACCAGUCAGCUUCCAAAAAGCGAAAACGUGGCUCAAGCAGCAAGACUUCCAAGGGACGGAAGAAGGCGCGAACUCCAGAGAGCGAUGGUGGGAGCGACUUUGUCGACACUGAUCAGUCUAGCGAGGAUUCUGAUGAGGAAAGUGACGCUGGAGAAGAGCAGCCAGAGGCGACUCGCACUCCGCUCACCAAAGAAGAGAUUAGCCAGAAGAUCUCAGAACUGAAGACCACGAAGAAAGAAAGCCGUCGCCACAAGCAAGAUCUCGAAGUUCAGAUCAAAGAAAUUCGAGCGAAGAUCUCCGAUAUUGACGAGGCGGACGCAAAAAUCGAAGCCAAGAUGAGAGCAAUAGCCAUUUCUGGUCGAAAUGACUAUUCCCGCGGUGCGAUUCGGCAGGAUUUUGCCGCUGGUGUCAAGGAGUUGGAUCAGGAGCUUGCCGAAGAGGAGGAUGCCGCGAAUUUCAACCCAGAUGUUGACGCUCGCGAUUAUGACAAGGUCGCACAAUCCCUGCCUGUCUUCUGCGUUUCGUCCCGAGGCUACCAGAAGCUGCAAGGGCGAUUGCGGAAAGAAGCAGACAUACCCGGAUUCCAGACAGUGGAAGAGACUGAAAUCCCUCAGCUUCAGGCUCAUUGUAAAAAGCUCACCGAAGUGAGCCGAGAGUCCAAUUCUCGACGAUUUUUGAACAGUCUCAAUCAGCUCCUGAACUCUCUUCGCUUGUGGUCUUCCCCAGAUAGGCAUGGUAGUCAUCUCACUGACGCCCAAAAGGCCCGACAAUCCACGAUGAUCCAGGAUAAGAUCCAGAAGCUCGAGAGUAUUACUGACUGUAGAGCAGAGGAUGCCCUCACCCCCGCCGCAGUUGAAGCAAACAAGACUGUGCUUCGAUGGGGGGCGCCGGUUAACCGUAACGACCGCACCUCUGGAGGCUACUUCUGGGCCACGUACAAAGCUAUAUGCCGCCGUAAUGGGGUGUAUGCAAACGCUCAGGGACCUCAUGACUGGAACGCCGAAAUGAUUCAGCCUAUUAUCAAGGCCGUUGCUUCCGGGUGGGAGAAAACCUUUUCCCGGCGCAUUCAAUCCCUCUUACAGGGCGCUGCCUCCGAUGCAGGCCGCCUGCUGAAAUCAUUUCAUGAAGACAUAGAGCAGGAAGCCAGCCGAAAUGGACCUAUCGCAAGUUUGCAUCUGCUGUCUCACCAAUUGCACAACUAUCAAGAGCUCCUGAAGGAUAUUUGCAACGAGAAUAUGGCAACGAUUGUGGCUCAAUCAAAGGAGAUCAACCGCAUGUUCCAGCCCGUGAUUGGUACUGCACUUGAACCUGCCUACAAGACUUGCGUUGCUGAGCGCGGAAUUGGGAGUUUUAUGCGAAUGAAAGCGACAAUGGCCGCCCAUGUGGAAGAAGCUCGGUGGUCCAUGUUUCAUGAAAGUGUGAACACGGUCAAGCAGGCUCUUGAAGACAUGGUCAGAUCUGUGGAGGCCAAGAUGCUAUCCAGGACCCAGGAGAUCCUUGUGUUCGUGAAGCGAGAUUAUACCUCCGCUCUUGGCGGAAGCUUUCUGGCCACAAGCAGAGUACUGCCGCCCAAUCAUCGCGCUGCACGUCAGCAUGUUUUCGAAAAAAUCAACGCAGGCGAAGUGGCCUUUAAGCGGCUCGUCAAUCCCGCUUACGAAGUGGAGGAACCAAAAUCAGAACGAAACAGUGAAAACCCACCGAGUCGUCUGGAUGAGACCACUCCAAACGCUUCAGAAAAUGCCGUGACUGAGGAAAGGGUCGUUGUUAGCGAAGCUUCUGAUACACUCAAUCUUGAUCCAGUUGUCGAAGAAGCUUCCCAGGACAGCUUUGUGCCACUAUCCGAUGGUUAG